AUGAAACUGUAUCUUGCUGUCAUAAAACAUUUUGUAACGAACCUUGGAUGGCUUUGUGAGUAUGAUGUCACAAGCUUGCUAAGUGGCCAGCGCAAAAGGUGCGGUGAAACCUUCCAACACCUCAAUCUACACACGGCGCUGUGGAAAGCAUAUAAUUGUGCAGGUUCUAUCGACGGCAGAAUACGCUUUUGUGCUUUUGAGACCUAUGACGGCCUCCGUCGUCACUACAUCUGCGGUCACCACGAGUAUUGCUGUGCCCUGGGAUGUUGUGUCUCCACAGCCUUUUCCUUCUAUCAGCUGUGGUAUUUCUGGCUGCUACUUCUACUGAUCAUCUUGAUAUGCUCGGGAGGUGGCUGGUGGUUCCGAUGGCGGCAUGGGGCGCUGAGCAGCACGACUGCUCCCACUCCCGUCCACUCACGGAGGCACCCACGUCGUACUCAUGGCCCUAGAGCGCCCAGAGUAUACCCACAUUCGCACUAUUAUUCCAGUGGCUCUAGUUAUGACACUUAUUCCCUACCCCCAGGUUAUGAUAAAGAUCCGCCUUCAUACAAUGAAGUUAUCACGCACCUUAGCCAGUUUCCUCCUGCGUCUGUGUCACGACAGGAAGAUACCGAGCUCAGCAGCAGUGGUGCUGCUGCCUCCACCUCAUCCACCGUUCCAAAGCCCUGCGAUGACCCACUUCUCUCUCUGCCUCCACCGAGUUAUGAGAUGGUUUUGGAUUUGAAAAGAAAGGAAAUUCAGUUGGAAACAGAGAUAGCAGAGGAAGAACGACUCGAACGCGUACGGACUACGAGAGGAAGGAUACAAAAUAUUUUUGGACGCACCAAAAGAAAGAAGCAACGACAUGAAGAACCUCCACCGUCAGCAGCCUCGUUUCCAGCGUCUUCACCCUCGUCAUUGUCAUCAGGCCUCUUCACCAUCAGCAGCGAGAGUCUGCCUUCGACUGACUAUUAUGCUCAGGCUUCAACAUCUAAUGGGCAGAGUUACCACCCAGUGCCUUCAAGACAUGUAACCUCACCCUCAGAUUCUGAAUCUUCACACUCAGACUACUCGUCCAAUUUCCUGCCAACACCGACUUCUAGCAGGUCACCCUCUGUUUCCUCAGCGGAUUCCCCUGCAAACUAUAACUCGGCAGCGCCUCCACAGCUGGAUAUCACAUCUGCUGAAGGCGGGAAUGCAGAGGAAUUGCUUUCUGUGAGCCGAGGAUUAGCUUCAAGGCCCUGCACAGGUCGAUCUGUGUUGUCGCGACCAACAACCUCUAUCAGCACAAGGUCUCUGCCUCCACCGCCACAACUGCAGAGGAAAACCAGCCUACCUGGGGCGCUGUUGGAGUCCGAAGAUGAGGAGAAAGAGGAUUAGUAAUGCUGUUGUCAUUGUUGAUGGAUAACGCUGAAAACCAAAUUGCUAGCACGUUGGUGUCUGUAAGUUAUAUUGGUAGUUACUGCAAUGGCCAUGAGUUGUGUUGUGUUUGGUAAUUAUAUAGGCUUGUAGAUUUCAUGUUGGUAGCUCUCAUUAUUAUUAUUAUUAUUAUUAUUAUUAUUAUUAUUAUUUGCAAACACCACAUCCUGAUUUCAGUGAUUAAACAUCAAGAAUAUGACUAUGACUACUGUCACACUGACGACGUGCAAUGAAAUAAAUACACUGACCCUUUUUAUCCUGUUACACUUCUGCAGUUGUUUCUGAAUUAUGCAUUAUUAAUUGCGCUGAAUCGAAUGCAUUGAAUGUUUGUGUUUCUAAUAUGUUUGUAUUGUCUCAUAUAAGUGUCACACCUGCAACACAGUAGAGCAGAAUAAAUGAUAGUCAAAAAGUGAUUUGAAUCAGUUAUAAUGCAGAAAAGUUGUGGCCUAGAAUGUUUUUCUCUGAAAGAGUUGCUGUAUUAUUAACUACUGUACAAAUUACAGUAUAUAUCAUUUAAAGCUAUUUAUGCUAUGCAAAAAAAAUAACAAGAAAGUUUUGGUAUACCUUUUUAGAGCUUAUCUUUCUUAGUUUUUGCUGCAAAUGAUUUUCACUUCUGCACUCCAUUGUAGUUCAACAAAAAGUCAGGCCGGCACUGAUGCAGAAACUUCUCUAAACACCCAAUCCUCCUGCUCUAUACUUCCGCAGCCAAAAACAUUGGCUCAGUAUGAGUACUUCCUCUGAACUGUCAGAUACCUUCCAAAGAAAAAAGAAAAAAAAACUUUUUGCAGCACACCGAAAAUAACGGACAAAAUGCUUCGGGUCUGUGUUUGCUCACAUUAUCAAAAUAUAAGUUCAAGGUACCUGCUCCACAUGAACAGCACCCAAUCAAUGAGUCCGUCUCAGCCAGAAGUACAUACAAUGAUUCACGGUGGUCUAGUCGACUUCCUGAGCUGAAUUAACACGGUAGAAAUUAACACGAAGCACUGAAAAUUCACAGAAAUAACAAAAUUAAGUAAAAACCAAUGUAUAUCGAUAUCUCCUGGCAUAUAGUUGGUGAAUUAUGGCUAUGUAUAAAAUAAUAUCACCAGAUUAAACUGUAUGAAAGUAAAAACAAAUAAACAAAUGGCAUCUAUCUAUCACACUCACACUCACACUGACCCUCACACUCACACACUCACUCACUCACACUCAC